AACGAACAUAGAAAUACAACGUCCUACAAUACUGCCUCUUAAGAAAGAGAUCACACAGCAGACCUUAAGGGGAGAGGAAGACAUCUAUGGUCGGGAGCCCUACAAGUCAGCUACUGGAUUUUGAAGAAGAGUCAGAGAACGUCAAGGCGAAAUGACAGGAGCUUGGUCCUUCGCAUUAAUAUUCUGAUGACUGUCGCGUUUUAGCACAAAGUCCAGAAUUAGUGCCCUGGGUAAACCGGACAACCUGAGCUUUAAAUACUUCCUUCGCUUCAUAUGUCCAGUUCUGACACGUAUUCAUCAGUCUUCUGGGGACUGACUUGCAGAGGAGAAAAAAUAAAUUGCAGUCACCAGUGUAAGCGAAUGAAUCCACUGUGAUGAGGCAUUUACGCUGUCUGUGUAUUAUGUGGAAUUUUAUAUUCCGGGACUUUGAGAAGACUCUGUGCAGCUGAUUCGUGGUGGAGUGGUCCGUCCAGAAUCCCCCCACCCCGACUAGCUAACGACAUGCUACCAGAAAUAAAUAACAAGUCCUCUCGACCCGAUGCCUUCAGUCGGCAACACAGACUUCCGCCGAACGACUCAAAUCGACUUGGCUCCAACAAAGCAUACCCACAGAAGCUGGGUCCCAAUGUCGGCACCCUACCCCAGCUGGAGCCCCCUGCCAAGCAAACCGUGUUAACGAAUGCCAAACCUCAUCAUCAGCUUGACAUAAUCCUGCCUCAGAUAGGCAGCAAGGUCAUGCCAAAUGUGCAGCAGGAGGAGAGGCACAGAGGCUUGCAGCACCCGAUAAGAUUGAACCCAACGGAGAACCUGGCAGACUCCAGCAGCUACUGCCCUUCAAACAAGCAGGAAAAGCACAAGACAAUUGAAGGUCACAGGCUGCCUAUCACACCUGCAGAAGCGCUGAAGCAUUUUCGAAACCGGCUCACACAGUACGAGCAGGAAGAGAUAAUGGACUACUCUGAGCUGUGGUUUCUCGGGCUGGAUUCCAACAAGAUUGAGGGGGUUCACGGAGGGCAGCAUAACUGUGGGUACGAUGACGAGCAUGGCAGUUAUCUCAAGGUGCUACACGACCAUAUUGGAUACCGCUUUGAAGUGCUGGAAGUAAUUGGGAAAGGCUCAUUCGGACAUGUUGUGAAAUGCUUGGACCAUAAUACCAACGAGCUUGUUGCUGUGAAAAUAAUUCGGAACAAAAAGAGAUUCCACCACCAAGCCUUGGUAGAAGUGAAAAUACUUGAUGCCCUCCGGAGGAAAGACAAAGAAAACAGCCACAAUGUUAUACACAUGAAGGAAUACUUCCACUUCCGUAAUCAUCUCUGCAUUUCCUUUGAGCUUUUAGGACUGAACCUGUACGAACUCAUUAAGAAGAACAACUUCCAAGGAUUUAGCCUGCCGCUCAUUCGCCGCUUCACCUGUUCGCUACUGAAGUGCUUGCAGAUGCUCCACAGAGAAAACAUCAUCCACUGUGACCUUAAACCUGAGAAUAUUCUACUAGCCCAUAAAGGGCAAGGGACUAUCAAAGUGGUUGACUUUGGAUCAAGCUGCUAUGAGCAACAAAGAGUGUACACCUACAUCCAGAGCAGAUUCUAUCGCUCUCCAGAAGUGAUCCUGGGCCACACGUACAGCAUGGCGAUCGACAUGUGGAGCCUGGGAUGCAUUCUGGCUGAGCUUUACACAGGCAGCCCUCUCUUUCCAGGGGAGAACGAGGUGGAGCAGAUGGCUUGCAUCAUGGAGGUGUUAGGACUGCCACCCACUGAGUUUAUACAGACAGCGUCUAGGAAACGGUUAUUUUUUGAUUCCAAGGGAUCGCCUCGAAAUGUUACAAACAGUAAGGGGAAAAAAAGAUGUCCCAAUUCAAAGGAUCUUGCCAGUGUGCUGAAAACCAAUGAUGCUCUAUUUCUGGAUUUCCUAAGAGGCUGUCUAAUGUGGGAUCCUGCACAGCGCAUGACUCCGGAUGAGGCCAUGCAGCACGAGUGGAUCCAGGAGGCACGGUUACACAAGACCCGCCCCAAAACACGCUCUGUGAGGAAGUGCAUCGAGGGCAUCCCUGUCAUAGACAGCAACAUGGAACAAAGCUGCAAGAAGACUACGAACAGCAAAACAGCUGACAAGGGGUAUGAAAAGAGUUGUGACAGAGCUGAAGUUUCUGGAAAUGUGGAAGAAACCUUGGAGAGACUGCGACCGAUCGGAGCCUCUGCAGAGGAGGAGGUGUGGGAGGACACGGCCAAACACAAAACAGAGAAACCCAUCAAAAUCACCCUCAAACCCGAGCCAGUGGAGCACAGACAACACCCCGGCUCUCAGAACCGGACACAGACCCAAGCCCAUAUGAAAUAAAUGCAGGCUGAGAAGGGCUAAGGGGGCUUUUCUAUAGACAGCUGCUUUAUGUUUCAGUAACCGAAUUAUUAUUUUUUUUUUGUAGUUGUACAUUAAGAGACAUGAAUAAAUUAUUCUCUAAUUCUUAUAAGACGGAAAGAUGUCUGGAGUAUUGUUGCCUGUGGACACCAAAGCAAGCUCCAAUGUGCAAUAUCUUCUCUUUUGCUUUACAUUGUUUUUUUAGUUUUUCGUUUAUUUGAAAUUAUUAUGGAAAAUCAGGAGUUCUUCAUCAUUAUGAAUGAGCAAUAUUCGAAGCAACAAGUGGGUGGGCCAAAACUAUAAUGCCAGUUUCUAUGGGUUGGAAUCUAUUUAUUAAUGUAAUUAAUUUAUUAAUGUUUAUAUGUUUAUUACAAUAUAUAUAUAUUGUAAAGGAGCCUUGCGGCUCGGGUUCGUUUUGCCCCUUUAAACUACUGACCAGACACAGAGAUGGAGGGUUUGAACGCGCUCCUCCGCUAAUUUUAAUGCAGAACAAAAUCAAAACAAAAUACAAAAUAAACACCUAGCUCUGUACGAGCCCUAACUAACACACAAGAACACCCUGACUACAAGUGGGACAGCUAGGCUGUUUCCCCACUAAAAACAGUACACAAAAACACACACAUGUUUACUACAACACCUUUUCUUUGGUUUUCUCACGACUGCCAGGACGCAGAGUACCACUUCCUGCCUCCUUCUUCUUAGCAAUCCUGAGCAAACUGACUCUCUUUCUUUUAUACCCUGCACCUGACUCCAAUUUAAUAAUAAGCACCAGGUGCAGGGGAUAACUAAGCAAUAAAACAAUUAACCAAUUCAAUUAAACAACGGUGCAUUUCCCCAAACUAACAAAAACCAUACAUUUUACUGCGGGGAUGAUUCCAAUCCCAUCCCCACUGUGCUACAAUAUAUAAUUGGUAUGAAAUGACUCUAGUGAGAUGCACUGUGCAGUUGUGUGUAUUAUGUGUACAGUGAAAGUAUAAUACACACAGCUGCAGGCAUAGCUUAAAAACACAUUUUACGGUGAUUUCCUCCUUUUCUACAAUGAAGUCAGGAUUAUGUACAAUGAAGUUAUGAGGACUGAUUGCUAAGUAGAGAAACAUUAUAGCUAAAAAAAAAAACCAAAUAACACUGGUGAUCGCAUCUGCCUAAACAUUUGUCUACUUGACUUUGUUUCUUAUAAUUUCAAAUGGGAAAAAAGGUCCCACCAUUCUGAGACGUCUGUGUAGAUGUUAAAUGAAGGUCCAGAUAACAGGAAGACAGUAGCAGCAUUGCUGUAAAGAAUGCCGCAUUCAGAGGUUCACAGGGAACUGCAAGGAUAUGGUGUGUUUUUGGGUACAUUCCAGAUGAUUAAUGACCCACGAUGAUAAU